AUGGCGCCAGCCACCACAAAGACGGCUGCACGACCUCCCGCCCGCGGCCAGCCAGGGCCGGCGACGACAGGGCCAGGGGCACCGAGACGCCGGGGUCAGUCAGUCAGGGCCGGCGACAGGGGUGCCCUAGAUGCGGGGCCAGUCAGUCAGGGCCGGCGGCGACGGGGCGCCUCAGACGCCGGGGUCAGUCAGUCAGUCAGGGCCGGCGACGACAGGGCCAGGGGCACCGAGACGCCAGGGUCAGUCAGGGCCGGCAACGACGGGGCGCCCCAGACGCAGGGGUCAGUCAGGGCCGGCGACGACAGGGCCAGGGGCACCGAGACGCCAGGGUCAGUCAGGGCCGGCAACGACGGGGCGCCCCAGACGCAGGGGUCAGUCAGGGCCGGCGACGACAGGGCCAGGGGCACCGAGACGCCGGGGUCAGUCAGUCAGGGCCGGCGCCCGGACGGGGCGCCCGAGAGAGACGCAGGGCGGGCGACAGGGCGGCGUUCUCCCCGGCCCCGAGUCCUGGGGUCGGUCGGCCGGGAGGCGGCGGGAGCGCAGAGACCCGACGCCCCGCGUCGCAACUGCCGUCCCGGCGGCGGCUCGGAGCUGGUCGGACACGGCUGCCUCGGCUCCGCCACCGGGAGCACUGCGAUGGGAGUUCUGGGACUCUCGCCCGGAGCCGCGGGGAGAAGGACACAAAGGGGGCGGCCGGCCCGGGCCGCCCCGGCGCGUGCAACAGGCGGAGCCGCGGGCGCGGGGUCGGGGCCGCCCGGGCUCGGGGCGGGCGGCGGGUGGGGCGGCCCCACCGGCGCGCGGACGGCGGCGGCCCGGCCGAGGGACGCCGCGCGGGCGCCGGGGAAUGGCGGUCGGAGCCCCGCGCCGCAGCGGCCGGGAGGUCACGCGUCACGCGCCGCGCCGGGGCCGCGGGCCGCCGCCUCGGGCCUCGGGGAGCCGCGUCCGGCCGCGCCCCGCCCCCACCCGCCGCCCGCGGCCGCUCACCUUCCGCGCCGCCGCGGCCCAGCAUGCCCGGCACGGCCGCCUCCGGGGCCUCGCGCUGCCGCCGCCGCGCAGGGCCUCGCCGCGCUCGCCCGGGGCCCGCACUGGGCGCUGCGCCGCGCCGGGCCGCCUCACCUCGCGCUCCCGGACCGGCUCCGCGCCGCCGCCGCCGCACGGCGGCCCGCGCGCUCUCAGACUCCGCCCUCUUGGGCCGCGCCGCGCGCCCGGGCCCCGCCCCCGCCAAGGCCGUCGCGCCCCGCCCCCUCCGGCCGCCGCCGCGCCUCAGACCCCGCCCCCUCCGGGGACCAGCGAGCCCAGCCAGACCCGCCCCCUCCGGGCACCAAGGCUCUCUGGCUCCGCCCCCUGUGA